ACUCGCACGAUUAAAACGGUGUUGCAUCAACAAUGUAACUACCAUGGCAGAGGGGGGUAAAAGCACUGCCUUUUCGUCAAAUUGGAGUUCGACGGUGUUGUGCAGAUAUUUCGUACAUGGAGCGUGUAGGCAAGGAGAUAAAUGUAGCUACUCACAUGACCGUCACGACAAGCCAUCAAGCAUCUGCAGGUUUUAUCUCAAAGGAUCCUGUACAUAUGGAGAUGGUUGCAGAUAUGACCACGUGAAACCAAAGUCUAAGAUUCCAGGUUCGAAUGUGCUUGAGAAUAUGCGGACGACUCCAUCAAACAGACCUCUACCCAUAACUUGUGUAGAUACAAAACCCUUCGGCAAUAUGGUAUCUCUAAAAAAAUCAAAACAGGAUGUUGAUGUUGUAUCAAUUUCCUCUCCAAGGCCUCCAGAUGAAUGGGUCAAAGCCACAGAGUUUGUGCCUGGUCAACCAUAUCAGUGUUCUUCAGUUCCAUUUUCCUACUCUAAUGCCGUAGAAAUUGGCAGUGAAAACCCCAAACCACUUAUCAUACAGGAAGGGAUGGACCCUUACAGUGAUUUGUCCAAACUAGUCUGCCCUUUCUUUGCCCAAGGUCACUGUCCCUAUGAUGAGGAAUGUGCCUACAUACAUGGGGACAUAUGUGAAGUGUGUGGUAUGCCAGUGCUUCAUCCGUCUGAUCAUGAUCAGCGGGAGAAACACAACAGUGAAUGCAUGAAACAGCUUGAAAAGGAUAUGGAGUUGUCUUUCGCUAUUGCCCUAAGCAAAGACAAAGUGUGUGGGAUCUGUAUGGACACCAUACUAGAAAAGGAGCCCCCAACAGAGCAACGUUUUGGAAUACUGUCCAACUGUAAUCAUAUAUUCUGUCUCAGUUGUAUUCGCAAGUGGAGGGGUGCCAGGCAAUUUGAAAAUAAAAUUGUUAGGGCCUGCCCAGAAUGUCGUGUAACCUCUGACUUCGUCACUCCUAGUAAAUACUGGGUGGAAAGUGAGGAGGAGAAGAAAAAGCUAAUACAAGGCUAUAAGAAAGCUCUAAGUGCUAAACACUGUAUGUAUUUCAAGAAAGGAGAAGGUGAAUGUCCGUUCAAUGAUAAGUGCUUCUAUCUACAUGCAAAUGCUGAUGGUUCAGUAGCAGCACCAAAACCAAGACAACGAAGACGAAGGCAAAAUGCUGAAGGAGAUAUAGACUUGGUGUCUCAAAUAAGUUUAUGGGAUUUCUUUGAAGAGAGAGAAAACAGAGUGCUGCUUUUAGAACUAGAAGAGGAGUUAGAUAAUUUAUUGCUAAAUCUUACACUAGGCGACAUGGAUAGCGAUAGUGAUUUUGAUGAAUUUUGGUGAUCCUUGAAAAUGUGAUUGUUUUUCCCUUGGACUGAUAUCGGUUCUGUACAUUUAAGCAUUUAUACUGUCACAAAGUUUAGAAUAUUCCUCCAAGUAGUGCUCAUUAGUGGGGCUCUGUAAACAUCUGUUGAGGAUAUAUGCUACCUGUGUUAUAUGUCAGAUUUGUCUUCCUCAUCCAUGUCUUUUUUACCUUCAUAAAAGAUCUUUCACUGGUGAAUGAUGGAACUCCUUUUGGAAAGAGGUAUACAAUAGAAUAUAGUACCAAUUACAACAUUAAUACUAAACCUCUUGCAGCAAUGUCAUGUAAAGCCUUACAGUGUAGCUUAUAUCCUUAGUACCAUACAUAUCACAUUACCAAGGUAGCAUACAGCCUUAAAGUCAAAUUUCCAAAGCCAUCCACAUUUGUUGUGUCAGGAAUGGAAAUAUUAAUUGUAAUCAGCACACUUAUAUGUCUCAACUGUGAUAGUCAUUGAUUUGCAUAAAAAGACACAUCUUAUUUCCUGAUAGGUGCAGUAUUUACUUUGUGGAACCAUAAUAGUUUUUGAACAGGGAAAAGACAAGUCUGUCUAUUUUAGCAGAUAAGCAUCAACAGGCUAAGUUGAGUUAAUAUUUGGUCAUUUAGAGGUGAACCAAACUUGGCUUAGUGAUCUGCCAUUUAGAUAUAAACUGAUAAACUUAUUUCUUUUUUUUUUAAUAUCUCAUCACCUUUGCAUUCCGAAUGAAAUAUCAAUGCCUAGAAUUGUUUCUUUCUUAAUGUAUGUGAUUAUAACAUAAGUUGGGUUUUUUUUUAUCUUUAUGAAUCACACUGCUAAUAUCAUAGAUUGCUUUAAAAAAGGGAAAGUAAAUAAAAAUUUGUUUACCAUGUUGAUGAUACUACAUCUCAUAUCUAAUCAUUAUUUGUAUUGUCAUAGCUACUCAGCAUGGACACUGUAGAUAUAAUUGAUAUCAAAAACAAUGGUACAGUGUAGAUUUAUCAACGGCAUUUUUUUUCUCUUAAUUGGAGAAAGUUGUUAAAAUCAUCUUUUUUAAAUAAGGAUGCAGAAUAUUUACAAAUGUUGAUGAAAGUUUACUGUUAACUUUCUUUCUGAACAGCUGAUGUCUCCAACAGGCUAGUCCUAGAUUGUGAUUUUUUUGUUAUAAUUAUGAAAUCUUGAAACCCUGAAUUCAUGAUUAAUUGAAUGUUUAUAUCCGUUGUGAUGUCUGUGAUAUUGUGUUAAUGAACUGAGCAUGAGCAUUCACCUGGUCUGUCCAUCUGUCCGCCUGUCUGUCCUUUCAUUGAUCUAUCCAAUACACAUUGGUUAGACAUUAUGUUUCGGUCUGUUUCUCGGCUAAAGCAACAUCAUGGUAAAACUUUUUUUUUUUGACUGAUUUUGUUAUUAUUGUGUUUAUUUAUAUUAAGUAUAUCACCUUAUAAACAACGACAGUUGGUUUUCACUAAAAUAUGCACUUAAAGAGGUUAAUCAAUAUGUAUAAAAAGCAAAAAAUCCUGAUCUGUAGAGUCUAGAUAUGUAAAUGUUUGCAUCAUAUAUAAUAACGCAUGCACACUAAAAAAGGCUUCCCUUCUGAAAUUGUUCGGGAUAAUGUUAGUUCAUAAUUUUUUAUUGACUUUGAGUUUCCAAAUAACAUUUGCCAAUCAAUAACAAAAGCCAGUGUUGAAAAACAGAAUUUUACUGACUGUGUCACUACUGACACUGUCAUUUCUGCCAUCCAUCAUGUGUUCAUGUUUUCAAAAUGAACUGCUUCCCUUUCCAAAACUAUCAGGUGAUGGACAUUUGACAUAAUUUUUGAAUAUCACACUACCAUAAAAACGUAACUCGAAGUGUAUAAAACAGUACAAUCAAUUACAAAAUUAAUGUUUUUACCAAGAUUUGUUUUACGAUGUUUAUUUUUGGCAUAAAGCAUUUUUUUGUACCGUAUUGAAGUUAUUGACUGAAGGAGAAAGAGGUUACACAAGGAGUGGUUUUAAUACAUUGUAUGGCAUUCAUUCGAGUAAGUUAUUUUUCAGCAUUUACAAAAAGACACAAGCUUGAUCAAGUAAUUUUGUAACUUUUGGAAAAUAACAAACAAGAGUGAGAGAAAUACCAUGUAUAAAAGUCAAAAGUUUUGCUAUCUUCAAAAUGAAAAAAAAAAAAAAUGAAAAUCAAAUUGUUUUGAAAACAAUAAUGAAUAAACUACUUUCUCCAUGUUUUCAUUUCUGUUAGUUGGUGAAGUGCCCUUUCAGUCUAAAUUCAUCCUGUCGGCCAAUCAAAACAAGCCUAAUUGUUAUACCACAUGUGGUAUUACAUGUUUCUAAAACAGUUCUGAUGAUUAAAUGAGGCCUUGGGAGUUAAAUAACGCUCGCCUGUUGUGAUAGAAAGAGAUUUAUAUACUUUCACUUUCUAUUAUAUAAUUUCAUAUAUUGACCUUAAAUUUCACAAUAGAAUGAAAGUAAGAGCUCAGAUAUUUAUUUUGUCAAAUCUUAUGUGUUCAAUUAAAAAAUCAAAUAUCUGGUUGUGAUCAGAACAAAUUGAUCUCAGAUUUGAGUACUGUGACAGUUGGGUUUGGGCUAAGGUAAGUCACAGACUAUAGUUACCAGGUAAUUCUUUGGAUUGUAUUUAUCCAUCUGUACAAACGUCAAUUUGUGUUUGUCCAUCUCUGGUUUUCCUGGUCAGUAGAAAAAGAUAGCCUGGCCUUUGGUAUGCUAUACACUUAAAACCAUAUUUUUCUUGCAAUAAGCCCAUAUCAGGUAAUAAGCUUGCCAGCAUUUAUUGGUGUUCAGUGAAUAUGAAAUUAUUUCAUUUAUAUAAUAAUAAUAAGCCCAUCCCAUGACAUCCAGAGUCAUGAGAAUGGUAGUGUUACAAUUUGCUCGUUAUCUCUUUUUUAACUAUGCCUAAAAUACAUGUAUUCUUUAAAAAAUAUUGAAAAAUAGAAAACAUGUCCUACCUUUCCAUAAUAUUAGAAAUGAAAGAAACAGGGUGUGUUUUCUGACCAACGUGUAUUCCAAGGAUUGUGGUCAGAUCAGGAAAAUGAAAUAAAUUCUUGUUAUGCAAAUUCA